AUGAGGGCUUGUGUUCUAUUACUGGCUUUAAUUUUGCCAUGUUUUUGUGACAAUAAUCAUUCGCCGAAUUUAAGAUUAAUAAACAAAGAUGAGAUCAACAAGCAAUUCUUUCCAGAUGAAUUAAAACCGAAAACAGUAUGGGCUAAAUUUGUUGACAUCAUACCACCAGACAAUGGAGGAACAUUCGGCGACCUUAUUACUAAUCCUCGACAAAAUGGAGACAGUUUACUAUUAAGAGACGUGGCUUUACUACCAAAUAUGUAUUCAGAUGAACAGAAUUUUCUAUGGUUGGGACAGUUAAAUGGAAGAAUUAUUACAAGCGUAAGAGUGUUAAAUUUUGGAAGGCAUAGAGCGUACACCCGAAGAAUUGAUAUUGCUGGACCAAAUGCUCAAGUUAUUUUUGGUGUUAUGCCUUUAAAUGAUCCCAGACUUCUUAUCGAAGUAUAUGGGUUCUAA